UUUAAACUUGCGUCUUAGGUACAGUGAGGGCGAGGCUACAAUGGCGCCGACGCAUCAGGAGCUCCGAUCGAUGCCCUGAUCCGCGAGGUACUGUAGAUGGAGCGAUUGCUUGAAACGUCCUAGCAGGAAUUUGGGAACAGGAAAUAGGGUUUACCAGUCGCUAUGCUGCGCCGCAUUUGAUCCUUCUUGCUCAAAAAGAUAAUGCCAGCAGGAGAAAGCAGCGUCGCCAAGCCUACCAAGCGCGUUCCCGAGUGGCUCAAUAGUCCCGCUUGGUACACCAAGCCCAGCCAUGGAUUCACUCCUCCUCCGGUCGAGGAUGUUGUGCAAGAGAAAGAAGCCGUCGCUACUACUCCUCCGGCAGCACAGGAGGAGAUUGAAGAAGAUGAGAUAGUCGAAGAAAGCGCUACAAAGGACGAGCCUGGGUUUCAGGAAAAUAACGAUGUGAGUUCUUCGCGUUUCCAGGAGCGAGCAUUUCGAAGGACGCUGUCUUUGGAUGCUCGGGUGGGACUUUUCGUGGUGGAGCUAUCACGUACUAGAAUUCAUCUGGCAGAACUUCAACGUCUUGCUUCUCAAGGUAUUCCCGACGUUGGAGGAAUUCGUGCGACUUCGUGGAAGCUUCUUCUUGGAUAUCUGCCUAGGAGCCGCGAUGGAUGGGAUGAAGAGGUCUCCAAAAAGCGUGCACAGUAUGAAGCUUUCAAGCACGAGUUUCUGAUAAAUCCGUCAGAGGUGACGAGAAGAACUGCGGGUGAUCAAAGUGGUAGUUUGAGCAGCAAUAAAGGAUUUUUGCCGAGACACGAUGUUUCUCAUGGUGAUCAUCCACUUAGCGUUGGAAGUACUAGCGUUUGGAACCAGUUUUUUAAGGACACGGAACUUUUCGAGCAGAUUGAUCGUGAUGUUAAGCGAACUCAUCCUGAUAUGCAGUUUUUCUGUGGUGAUAACGAGCGCGCGCACGAAAACCAGGAAGCGUUAAAACGAGCGUUAUUCAUAUUUGCGAAACUAAAUCCUGGGAUAAGAUAUGUCCAAGGAAUGAACGAAGUGAUGGCUCCACUCUACUACGUUUUCAGGACGGAUCCAGACGAAUCAAAUGCGGUUCACGCGGAGCCAGAUGCGUUUUUCUGCUUUGUAGACCUCCUUAGCGAUUUCAGAGAUCAUUUCUGUCAGCAAUUGGAUAACAGUGCUGUGGGAAUUCGAUCAACCAUUAGCCAGCUUACAAACCUCUUGAAGAUGCACGACGAAGAGCUCUGGAGACAUCUAGAGCAAGUUUCUAAGGUGAAUCCACAGUUCUACGCGUUCCGGUGGAUAACUUUGUUACUCACUCAAGAGUUUGAUUUUGCCGAUACUCUCCGGCUUUGGGAUUCUCUUCUCAGCAAUCCCGACGGGCCACUGGAAAUCUUGCUGAGAGUUUGCUGUGCGAUGCUACUGUCCGUGAGGAAUCGACUCCUCGCGGGCGAUUUCACUUCCAACUUGAAGCUCUUGCAACACUUUCCUCGCGUGGACAUCCACUUGUUACUUAAAGCUGCCGAGGAGCUCAAGUCCUCCCAAUAACUUCACUUCUAUCCACCUAUUCUUCUCGCUUGGAUUAUCUUCCAUUCCAUUCCCUUGGGUAUAAUUUGUAGAUACAAUCUUCGAUUUCGUGAACUAUAAUAUUUGUAUCUCAUCAAUGUUUCGAUUACUGCGGAAGAAUGGGAAA